AUGUCACGAAGAGUUGCUUUCUUUGGUGCUACUGGCGGAUGUACCAACGCCUGUCUGUUCAACACCCUAGAAGGCGGGCACUAUGCAAGUGUUCUUGUAAGGUCGCCGGAGAAGCUGCAAGAGCAGCUGAAGAAGCGCGGUAUAUCCAACAAUGUGGUGGAAAAGCGACUUCACAUCGUACAAGGCGACGUUAGAGAUGUAGAAACAGUAAAACAAGUGCUGCGUUACGGAAGCGAAGGCGUAGAUACCAUUAUUAGCGGUAUUGGCGGCAUACCGACGCCUCAGCUGAGCAUUAUACGGCCGCUUACCAUGACGGUGCCAAACAUAUGCUCGGCAGCAACGGAGACAAUACUGAGGGCUACAGCAGAGGCCGACUUGGACCCACAACCUCUGUUAGUUGUCAUCUCAGCAAAUGGUGUCCUUAAUGAUUCACCACGGGAUUACCCUCUAGUGUUGACGCCGCUCUACCGCUGGCUUCUAAAUGGUGUAUAUGACGACAAGCGGCAGAUGGAGGCGACAUUGAAAAGUGCGAAGCCGAAGGGAGGAUAUCUCGUCUUGCGACCUGCUGUGCUGAGUGAUGCACCGGGUAAAGGUCUUGAAGCAGUACGCCAAGGUACAGCAGAGCAUCCAGUCGUAGGGUUUGGCAUCAGCCGUGAAGAUGUUGGGCUCUGGAUGUACGAGAAGCUCAUCAACACCACCAACAGAGGUGGAUUUGUCAACACCGGUGUACAAGUUUCGUACUAA